GGCAGCCCCUGGUCCCCAGUCCCGCUCGCCCGCCUGCGCGUCUGCCAGUCCUCGGCUCUCCCAAGCAGUCGGGGAGCGGGGCGGGUGGUGGCGGCGAGCGGGGCCGUCCUCUGCGCACUGUCUGCUCUCGCCUGGCGCUCGCUCUCGGCGUCUCUCUCUCUCUCUUUCGCCCCAGUCUCUUCGUUCCUGCCUCCGCUCCCGCUCCUCUCCCCGCGAGCCCCGCUGCUCAGGACGGGGGGAGCCGCCUCUGUCCCUCGGAAAGGCGGAGGAAGGGAUCCGAGAGGGGUGGGCUGCUGCCCCACCAACCUGAGCGACCAGGUCACCGUCCCAAAUGGGAAAUGGUUCAGUGAAACCCAAAUACCUGAAGAGGCCAGAGAAUCAUGCUGGAAACUGCCCUUAUGGAUGCGCAGGUGGCAGUAGUAAAUUUUUGAAAGACCCAGGUUUGAACAUCAGUACCAUAACUGGUGCUGCAGAUAUUCUGAGGAGCAGGGUUUGGGAGCUCGAAAAGGAACUGAAGAGGCAGGAAGAAGAGCUUCAUGAAAGGAACUACCAUAUUCUGGAGCUCCAGGAGCAACUGGCUAAGCAAACCAGGACCAUUGCAGAACUCACCGAGGAGCUCAAGUGUAAAUGCAUCCAGCUGAAUAAACUUCAGGAUGUGGUGGACACCCAGGGAACAAACCCCUUCCCCUUUUCACCUCUUAAAGAACCGCCCCGAAGCAGCCAAGCAGCAUGCAGCAACAGGAGGAGAGGGGCCAAGGAAGGCGUGUCAGCAGAGCCGACAACCCGGACAUACGACCUGACGGAACAACCCAGGUUUUCUUUCGAGAAGGCGAGAGUCAGAAAGGCCUCUAGUGAGAAAAAGCUCAUCACGGAUGCUCUGAACAGAAACCAGUUUUUGAAGAGGCUGGACCCUCAGCAGAUCAGAGAUAUGGUGGAAUGUAUGUAUGGAAGAACAUACCAGCAGGGAAGCUAUAUAAUCAAACAAGGGGAGCCUGGCAACCAUAUAUUUGUUCUGGCAGAGGGCAAGCUGGAAGUCUUUCAACAGAGCAAACUUCUCUCAUCAAUUCCUGUGUGGACAGCAUUUGGGGAGCUAGCUAUAUUAUACAACUGCACAAGGACAGCCUCUGUAAAAGGUGAGUAUACUUAUUUUCCAACAAGUGUUUCUUUGCUGAAGAAUUUACCCGACGAUAAGCUGACAAAAAUUGUAGACUGCAUGGAAGUGGAAUACUAUGACAAAGGCGAUUAUGUUAUCCGUGAGGGAGAGGAAGGAAGCACCUUUUUUGUUAUAGCCAAAGGGAAGGUCAAGGUUACCCAGACCUCAGAAGGGCAGUCACAACCUCAGUUGAUUAAAACAUUGCAGAGAGGAGAUUACUUUGGGGAAAAGGCCCUGGUCAGUGAUGAUGUUAGAUCAGCUAAUAUAAUUGCAGAUGAAAAUGAUGUGGAAUGUCUUGUAAUAGAUAGAGAAACCUUCAACCAAACUGUUGGGACUUUUGAAGAACUCCAGGCUUAUCUCGCAGGUUAUGUGGCUACCCUGACUCGUGAUGAUGAAAAAAGGAAUGCACAAGUGUCUUCUUUGGAGCCGUUAUCCAGAGCUGUCUCUUUGGAGAUGAUACAGCUGAGAGAACAAGUCUCCCAGUUCCCUUCCUCUUGCCCAUUUCAGAACCUGGAAAUCGUCGCGACUUUGGGCGUUGGUGGCUUUGGAAGAGUUGAGCUCGUGAAAGUUAAGAAUGAAAACGUAACAUUUGCCAUGAAAUGCAUUAAGAAGAAGCACGUUGUGGAUACGAAACAGCAGGAGCACAUUCAUUCUGAAAAGAGAAUUUUAGAAGAGGCCUGUUCUCCAUUCAUAGUGAAAUUUUAUCGCACUUUCAAAGAUACCAAAUAUGUUUACAUGCUCUUAGAAGCCUGUCUUGGAGGUGAACUAUGGAGUAUUCUCAGGGACAGAGGUAGCUUCGAUGACACCACUACAAAGUUCUGUGUUGCAUGUGUGACGGAAGCUAUUGAAUAUUUGCACAGUAUCAGUGUGAUCUACAGGGACCUGAAGCCAGAAAAUUUGAUUUUGGAUGCCCAAGGAUAUAUAAAGCUGGUUGACUUUGGGUUUGCUAAGAAGAUUGGUGCUGGGCAAAAGACUUGGACAUUUUGUGGGACCCCAGAAUAUGUUGCACCUGAAGUCAUUCUCAACAAAGGCCAUGAUUUCAGUGUAGACUUCUGGUCUCUUGGAAUUCUUGUCUACGAACUACUUACGGGGAGUCCUCCAUUUUCUGGGACUGAUCAAAUGAUGACCUACAAUUUGAUUUUAAAAGGCGUGGAAAGGCUGGAUUUUCCCAGAAUAAUAACAAAGCGGCCUGAAGACUUGAUUCGGCGACUCUGCAGACAAAAUCCUACUGAGAGAUUAGGAAAUCUGAAAAAUGGAAUCCAUGACAUUAAGAGGCACAGGUGGCUGAACGGUUUUAAUUGGGAGGGACUAAGGGCACGGAAACUAACAUCGCCGUUGAAAAGAGAGCUUUCAGGUCCGAUGGAUUACAGCUACUUUGACAGAUACCCGCCUGAGCAGGGUGUUCCACCAGACGAGCUUUCAGGCUGGGAUAAAGAUUUUUAAGACAAGAGCAUUACUACAAGGAACAAUCAUUUGUAACAAUCCAGAUGGUUUGCACUGAUCGUGUAUGUACAUGUUACAGAUCCUAACUCAGCUGCAUUGAAAUUCGCAGGACGUUUGCAUUUAAGAUUCAACUGGGUGUGGAUCGCACUCCGAUUUGCUUUGUAGCAUCGCGGCGUUAACCGUUUCUCUAUAACAUUGGCAGGCAACCUGUAGCCUUCCUGAUGUUGUUGGGAUUCCAACUCCCAUCAUCCUUCAGCAGUGGCUAUGUUGGUCGGCAGGAUGGGAAAUGUAAUUCAAGGAUAACAUUUACCACCUGUAACAAUAUGACAGAAGAGAGAAGCGACAGGAAAAUCAUUCACCCUUUAAUUGGGGGACUUUAAUUCUUAAUCCAUCUCUAACAGCGAUGGGUGAUUGCAUUGAUUACAUCAGCAUCAAUGCUCUAGUGUGCUUUGCCUCAGAUGCCACUGUGGGCAGCCUUGGAUCGCAGAAAUGAGAUAUGAAACAGGGAAGUCCUGGAAGGGGUACCAUAUUCUAAAUAUAGAGUAACAAUGCCUUGAUGUGAGUUACAGAAACUCUGUUCUUGCUGUCCUACAGGAGAAGGGCCUUUCUUAAAAGUUACUUAAUCCUGAAGGGUUAAACCUGUCCAGACACCCCUCUCUGUGUGUUUCUUACAAUGUCCGCUAAGAGUGAGACUAUACAAGAUGCCAGCUUUGCAAUUAGAAGCUGAGCUUCCUUAGAAUGUAAAGAAUAUUUGUUUAUUAUAGCACAAGGUUUCUACUGCUCUGCAAGCUGCAAAUUAAUAUGGUUUUGCUUGAUAACUGGUCAGUAGAAGCCAAAUUUAAAAUUUAUUGCACAAAUACAGCAGCUUUGAAGGGAGUGCAACUCAGCAGGAAUAAUGCUGUUCCACCUCCUUAUUGUGUAGUUGACGUGUCAUGUAAUUUGGCCCUGUGAAACUUAUUCUCAUAGAAAAGUUGCAAAAUCUUUGUCAAGAGGAACCAAACUGGCUGUGAGAAACAAAAAAAAAGCAUAUUCUUUGAUUUAAAAAAAAACAAACCUCAGGCAGAAUCCUGUUUACUUAUGUGACUUGAUGUAUGCCCAGAUGUGCAGAGGGAAACUGAUAGGAAACGAAAAAUUAUUGCACAAUUGCCUUAUACCUGCUGUUUUUUAACCAAUUGGAUUUAUAACAAACAUCUUUGCACUCAUGUAGCCUUUUCUCCAUACAACUGCUAUUUUUUCCCCUUUCAAUUUAAUUUUGUAAAGUUUGGUGUGUAGAGGUCUGAAAUUUAUUUAGGAUCCUGCCCUUUUUUAAAAAAAAGCUUGAGAUGUGACUGGAAAGAGACACAGACUUGGAAAUAUGUGCAUCCCACGGAGAUGCUGUUCAGAGAGCUGGAGUUGGUUGUAGCUCUUGGUUGGACCUUACUCUGGAGUAAACUUGUUUUAACUGUUGAGUAGCUGGUUGUUGUAAGGUUUUUCGG